AUGGAGCCAGUUUCUGGUGUCAGAACCAACACCAUCGCUGCAGGAGCCGAGGGAGCAGAGAAACCCGGCCCGCCUCCACUCGUCUGCUCCAAUUAUUACCUUCGAUACGUCUUGCAUAUCAACUUUAAAUCCAUCACCAGGGAGCUGAACAGAGCUCAGUCACCGAGCGAGCGAGGGGGAGAAAAGGAGCUCUCCUGCAGGUUGAGAUUGUAUGUCUAUAAAAAUAGUGAGAGAACAGCUCAUGCCUCAGUGAAACCUGAUCACUUUGUCUACGAGAUGCGUCCAAAGCUCCUGCACUCAAACACCCGUUCAGCUGAGUUGCAGAUUUACUGCUGGAUUAGGACUCCUGUGCUAGCGUCGUUAGCGGCUAACCUAUGA